AUGUCCACCCAACGGUAUCUCACGGACCCGGAAAGCGAGACUUCAAGUUCCUCGAAUAAUAAAUCUGAUUAUCUUGGUCUUCCGUAUGACGUGUUCAGACUUAUUCUCAAGAUAUUGAUUUGCUUCGAUGAAAUCCGUAUUGAGCAGUUUUGGGCUUGCAGCAAAAUUGAUGACAAAGAGGAUGAAACUAAACGUUCAUCAGAUAAAUUUUGGUUGCGAAAACACAAUCCACGCAAGAAUCUUUUGGCGAUUAUGGCUGUGAACCGCGCCAUCUACGAGGCGGCUCGACUGGCUUUUUAUAGCUUGAAUCGUUUCAAAUUCAUGGCCUUCGAUCUGCUGCCUGUGUUUCUUAUCGGAAUCCGUCCAAAAAAUAUGCAGCAUCUGCAAGUUGUGUGGAACAGAGUCGACUUUGGAAAAUGGGAAAAUGUCGCCCAAGAUCACAAUCUCAAUCGUUACUUGCUGUCAAAGCCUAAUAACGAGAUCGAGCUGAACUUGAGUCUUCUCAGGGAAGAUUUCCCCACGCCAUUUCCCUUGGAUUAUCCCGAAGCGGAGAGCAGUCGGGUGGUGCGACUAGAAGACGCGAGUGGGAGUUCCAUCUUGAACCGAUGGCGCUAUAAAUUGAGUAUCAGUGCUUGGAAGGUCUAUGACGAUGGAACUAAUCCUUUUAAAAGGUAUGAACAAGAGGUAUCCUGGCGGGGGUGCGCUAGAUUUGAGCUGUGCAUCCAAAAAGAUGAAUCACUGGCAGAUGCCAGUGAUGAACCAGGACCAAGUGAUAAGUAG